GCAUUUCUCCGGGUAGCACUGACUUUCCUCGCAGAGCGCCACCCAUCUCCCCAUCUUUAAACUCCUGCUCCGUUCACCUUUGCAUUUGGACGCGCAUCCUUUCAUCAGCAGCAGCCCGACUCUCUCAGCAGCCGGAACCGUGGGCUUUAUAAGGAAAUGAUCUCACCGGAGCUUAAUUUUAAUUUAUUUACAAGUGACCUUUCACAUUACUUCAAAAACCAAGUUAAAGUCGGGCUCUUCGGCUCUGGGGUUGGUCUGUCAGUAGUGCUCGGAUUCAGCGCCGCUUAUGUCUGCUACUACCUGAUCUCUGUGGCCAAGAAACCCAUACUGAUAGCUGGAGGAAAGAAGUUUCAUCAGUUCCUGAGGGACAAAUGCCCCGUGGUCUCAGAGACAUACUACCCAACGUUCUGGUGCUGGGAGAGCCGGGUGCAAACGCUGCUCAGACCCUUCGUGACGGCGAAACCCUGGGUCAACUACAGAAAUGAGCUCAUUACAGCACCAGAUGGAGGCCAGAUCUCUCUGGAUUGGUUUGACAAUGAUGACAGUGCGUCCCACCCGGACCAGUCCACGCGCCCCACUGUGCUGCUGCUCCCGGGACUGACAGGCACAAGCCGCGAAUCCUACAUUUUACAUAUGGUACAGCAAAGCCGGGAUCUGGGCUACAGAUGUGUAGUGUUCAAUAAUAGAGGAGUUUCGGGGGAAAAGUUACUGACGCCUAGGACUUACUGUGCAGCGAACACAGAGGAUCUGGAGGUGGUCAUUGAACAUGUCCAGCGGACCAUUGACAAAGCUCCACUCAUGGCGGCUGGGGUUUCUAUGGGCGGGAUGAUGCUGGCGAACUACCUGGGAGGGCCUGCCUACCUCACCAGCUGCCUGCAGGCAUCCGUGGACCGUCACAGAACCAUUCUUGAAAAAAAAUAUGACAUAGACCAUGUGAUGAAGGCUAAAACAAUCCGAGAGUUUGAUGAACGUUUCACAUCGGUCAUGUUCGGUUAUCCAUCCAAUGAUGACUACUAUCGAGACGCGAGCCCCAUUCACAAGAUCAAGUCUGUGCAGGUGCCGAUGCUGUGCCUCAAUGCGGCGGACGAUGUCUUUUCCCCCAAUCAUGCCUUUCCAGUGGAGGCGGUGAAGCAAAACCCCAAUGUGGCCCUGCUCAUUACCUAUCACGGCGGCCAUAUUGGCUUUCUGGAGGGUCUGUGGCCACGGCAGAGCACCUACAUGGACCGAGUUUUUCGCCAGUUCACCAAGGGCGUGUUUGAGAACGGCAGAAGUCUAGAUGAUCUCCACUGACUUCUCUUUCCAUUCCCUCUACAGCCAUGAGCAAAAAAAUCUGCAUACAUUUCCAAAAUGAAAGGCACAGGUU